AUGUCUCCUUCAGCGAACGGCGGCUCCGCCAGUCACAACGGCAACGGCACACAACACGGAUCAAGGCCGGCUUUGACGCCCGGCCUCUACGUACCGACUGUCGCUUUCUUCCGUCCCGACGACUCAGUAGACCUCGAGACCACACAUUCCCACGCCGUCCGCCUUGCCAGUGCCGGGGUGGCCGGUCUCGUCACGCAUGGCUCCAAUGGCGAAGCCGUGCACCUCGAUCACGAGGAGAGACAAAACAUCAACCGCACUACACGAGCCGCGCUCGACUCGGCAGGAAAAACCGAACUCCCUCUGAUUGUCGGCUGCGGCGCACAGUCGACAAGAGAAACCAUUCAACUCUGCAAAGAAGCUGGCGCAUCAGGAGGCGACUACGCACUUGUCCUCCCGCCAGCUUACUACGGAGGCCUUCUCACCACUGAUCACAUCCUGCAACACUUUCGCGAAGUUGCGGACGCAAGUCCAGUCCCCAUCCUCAUCUACAACUACCCCGGCGCCUGCAGUGGCCUGGACCUCAACUCCGAUACCAUUAUCAACCUCUCGAGUCACCCCAACAUUGUCGGCGUGAAGCUAACCUGCGGCAACACUGGCAAGCUGGCGCGGAUAGCCGCUGCCACGGCUGCCAAAAAGGGCGACGGUAACGCCAUCCCGUUCCGGACGUUCGGCGGCAGCGUCGACUUCACGCUGCAGACGCUUGUCGUCGGUGGCCAUGGCAUUAUUGGUGGAACUGGAAACAUCGCGCCUCUUGCUUGCGUGAAGCUCAUGAAGCUCUGGGAUGAGGGCAAGUUGGCAGAGGCAAGGGAGUUGCAGGCCGUCGUGGCCCGUGGUGACUGGACUGCGAUCCAAGGAGGAUUCGUUUCGGUCAAGGCAGCACUGCAAGAGUAUUAUAACUACGGAGGACUUCCGCGGAAGCCUUGCACAUUGCUCGAGGGAGAGCGCCUGACAAAGCAAAUUGAUGGGUUUUCAGAGUUGAUUAAGGCCGAGAAGGCACUGCAAAAUUAG